AUGACUUCGCCCCCAGCAGUAACCCUGCGCGUGAAACGCAAAAAUGACCGACAUAUGAAACGACACCUGUGCCCGAACGGCGCUAGCGGUCAGGACAGACCGGGCCCUCGAUGGCCGAGGCAGCCCGGCCAGCACAACGCCAACCACACCAAGCCGAGCAGCUCUUCUACAUGGGUCAUCAAGCAUCAGGAAAUGGAUUCAUUCUUUAGGCUUUUUGAGGACCACCUCAUCCAAGACUUUCUUAUGAUGGACCGUUGCUACAAGAUGACAGACAAGUACCUUCUGGCCAUGACCUUCGUCUACUUCAAAAGGGCCCGCUUCACGACUGCUGAAUUCACCAGGAGGAAUUUCUUCAUUGCCCUUUAUCUGGCCAACACCAUGGAGGAGGACAACGAAAAGAGUAAGUAUGAAAUAUUCCCCUGGGCUCUGGGCAAGACGUGGAGGAAACGGUUUCCGAGUUUCUUACGACAGCGGGACAAGCUGUGGGCUCGUAUAGGGUACAGAGCUGCCAUCAGCCGACGCUGCUGUGACGAGGUGAUGGCCAUCAAGUCCUCUCACUUCGUGUGGCAGCGGCAGAGGCCCGAGCACCACAGCGGUGCCCAGAGGGAAUAUGGCGACCAGGACUACGCUCUCUCUCCCCGCGGGCCUUCAGCCUCACCCGCCUCCUGUGCCCAGUGUACCCGCAGCAGCAAGCUACCUCUCCACCCAGCCUCCUCCUCCUCCUCCAAAAGAAAAGUACAGACAUCGCACAAUGCCUGCCUGAACCCGGCGACCUCGGCACUACUUCUGGAGGUCACCCCUCCAAGACCUGCAAAAAGCCAGGCCAGGUGCUCCAAGGCACGCGCUCCAGAAGAGGCUCCCAGGAAUAUUUGCGGGCCCACGUACGACCUCUUCAUGGACUGGAUCAGCGAGGAGUAG